AUGCUUGUUGUUGUGCAAGAUGUUGCCCGAGCGGCGUCCAUGGAGAGCGUGGUGGGGACCCUUCAGGCGCAGCUGGGGGCCGAGAUGAGGGCUCGCAAAGAGUUGGAGGCGGCGCACAAGGCCAUGGGGAGCAAGCCUGCGGUGUUGGAGGGCAAGAAUGCCAAGUUGAUUGCCAGCCAUGAGCGGGAGCGCCAGGCGCAUGAGGAGGCUUUGAAGGCAGCCGUGUCGAGCUACAAGGACUCCGAGGUGGGCUUUGGAGGCAGCCAUGUCAAGCUUCAAUUCAAGGACUCCGAGGGAGACUACAUUCAUGCAAGUAUCAUCAAAAAAGACAUUGGAAAGUAUAGAGAUACAAUCAAGGAAGGGAAAGUUUUUGAAAUCAAGAACUUCAUGGCCUCUACAAACUACUAUGUCUACAAGAUUACAGAGCAUGAUCCUGAUGAUGUGAAUGGCAAGGAGCUGAUUGAUGUUAUUGGAAGGGCAAUUGAGAUUUACAAUCCUGUGGACAAGAUUAUAGGGGGGAAGGACACCAAACUAAUCAACUUUCAAAUUGAAGACAAUGCUGAGAACACCAUGACGUGUACACUCUGGAAUGAACAUGUUUCUUUCCUGAUGCCUUUUUACAAUAGUGAUUCGAAAGAACCACUGAUUGUUGUCAUUCAAUGCUGUAGGGCGAAGGUUGUGGGUGGUGAAGUGAGAAUAACCAGUUCGUAUGAUGCUACGAAGUUGUGGUUUAAUGAGGAUUGGGAAGAAUUUAAAGAGUUUAAGUUAAACUUGAAAGCUGAAGGUACUCCAAUGAGGAGUCUUAGUACUGGCACACUACAUUCCAACUCUACAGGCAUUAGUGAGUUUACUAAUGGUUCUGUUAUUGUCACUAACUGCCAUGAUAUUAAGAAGGUGAAAGAGGAUGGGGACUACUAUGUUGCUGCUGAGAUUCUUGGGUUAGAUUUUGAGGAUGGUUGGUACUACUUAUCAUGCCUGAAACUUGGAUGUAAUAAGAAACUAAAAGAACAGGAAGGAACCCUUUUUUGUACUAAGUGUAAAAAGACUUGUAUGACGGGUACAGUUAGAUACAAAGUAGUUGUUAUUGCUCUUGACAAAUCUGGAGAUGCUCCAAUGUUGCUUUGGGAUAGAGAAGUGGCAGAGCUUGUGGGUAUUCCUGCCUCUAUUUUGUAUGCAAAAUACAAGGAUCUUGAUGUUGAAGUGCCACCUGAGUUGGAUGCUAUAGUUGGAAUGAAGAUGCUGUUUAAGAUCAACUUCAAACUGGCUCAAAAGAUGGGUCCCAAUUACCCAUUCAAUGUUGUUAGGGUUGUAAGGGAUGAGCACUUGCUUCAAACCUAUGCUGACAGGUUUGUGGAGCAUCAAGAGCAAGACUUAAUCUCUAGGAUGAUUGAGGAGGAAACUAACACCGAUGCAAUUUCUGGAAAAGACUCGAUUGGAGUUGAAGUGAAUAGUCAUGCCACUGUCCAGCCCUCGCAAAAGGAAGGAGAAGACAAUGCUGAACACUCUGGGGCUAUUAAAAGGUCACUUUUGGAUGAAUUUUCAUCAUUCAAAAGUAGGAAGAAGUUGAAUGACUCAGAAAUCAAAAAGGAAAAAUUGUUAUUCAGAUUAAGGAUGAAAGGUGUCCAAGUUUAG